AUUACUUUCUGGGCUUGAAACUUUAGGUGUCCUGAACACUAUAAAAGAAAACCCUGUUGCCUGUAGAAAGGCUUUCAUUCACAGUGAGGAAUCAGAGUUGACAUCAGAAAGAUUAAAGACAAUAUUCCAUGUGGACUUCAGUGAGAAGGGCAGUAAUAAAAGAAGCACUGAAGAAGUUGUGCUGUCACAGUUUUUUGAUUAUCUUAUAGAUGUUGAAGAGGGAGAAACGAAAUGCACAUUACGUGAUAUUUUGGUAUUUACGAGUGGAGCAUCGAGUAUACCAAUUACCAGUUUCACUGAGAUGCCAGCACUGUUUCCUGCACAGUGCUGACAAUUAUCCAACAGCCAACACAUGUUCUAUAGUCCUUAGACU